CCCUUCCUCUCGUUUAUAUCGGUCCCCCCUUUCUUUCAUUUCCUCCUUCACCUCCCAUUUUCUCUGCUUUCCUCCUCCCCCGCUACACUCCCAUCAGAAACCAAAAAAGAAGCCGAAAAGUAGAGGGGUAGGAAAUGUCUGGCGCUUUCUCCGCAGCCAAGUUCACCACCCAGCCUUUCCUCUCCACACCACUUCCCCCAGAUCUCACGACAAGCCCCUCAAUAUCCCCAGCGCCACCUCACCGUUCUUCGGAUCCUCCCGCAAACUCCGCCUCAUUCUUCUUCCAAAUUGAAUCUCCACGUCGAUCGGGGACUGUCGUCGCCGUCUCCGAUGUCGUCAAGGAAAAGAAAUCCAAAUCCACCCCCAAUCUGUUAAUUACAAAAGAAGAGGGAUUGGUAUUGUACGAAGAUAUGGUAUUAGGAAGAGCAUUUGAAGAUAUGUGUGCUCAGAUGUAUUACAGGGGCAAAAUGUUUGGUUUUGUUCAUCUUUACAACGGCCAAGAAGCCGUUUCCACUGGUUUCAUUAAGCUCUUAAAGAAAGAAGAUUCUGUCGUAAGCACUUACCGUGAUCACGUGCACGCCUUAAGCAAAGGCGUCCCUGCACGUGCCGUCAUGAGCGAACUCUUCGGCAAGGCCACCGGCUGCUGCCGCGGCCAAGGUGGGUCGAUGCAUAUGUUUUCGAGCGAACACAAUUUGCUUGGUGGGUUUGCAUUUAUCGGUGAAGGGAUCCCCGUUGCCACGGGGGCGGCUUUCACCUCCAAGUAUAAGAGAGAGGUUCUGAAGGAAGCGGGAUGUGAUCAUGUCACGUUGGCGUUUUUCGGGGAUGGGACUUGUAAUAAUGGGCAGUUCUUUGAGUGUUUGAAUAUGGCCGCGUUGUGGAAGCUGCCCAUUGUGUUUGUCGUUGAGAAUAAUUUGUGGGCUAUUGGGAUGUCGCAUUUGAGGGCUACUUCUGAUCCUCAGAUUUAUAAGAAAGGACCGGCUUUUGGAAUGCCCGGUAUUCAUGUCGAUGGGAUGGAUGUUUUGAAGGUGAGGGAAGUGGCUAAGGAGGCAAUUGGCAGGGCUAGGAGAGGAGAAGGUCCAACAUUGGUGGAAUGCGAGACAUAUAGGUUUAGAGGACACUCAUUGGCUGACCCUGAUGAGCUUCGCGACCCUGCUGAGAAGGCUCACUAUGCUGCAAGAGAUCCAAUCACAGCCCUGAAGAAGUAUCUAAUUGAGAACAGUCUGGCCAGUGAAGCAGAGUUAAAGGCCAUAGAUAAGAAGAUAGAUGAGAUGGUCGAGGAUUCUGUUGAGUUUGCAGAUGAAAGCCCCCCUCCUCCUCGGAGCCAGCUGCUCGAAAAUGUGUUUGCCGAUCCAAAAGGUUUUGGAAUUGGACCUGAUGGCCGAUAUAGAUGUGAGGAUCCAAAGUUCACCGAAGGCACUGCUCAUGUCUAAACUUUGGAAGUAGGACCAUGAUCAAAAUCUAUUUACGCUCACAUUUUGUUAUUGCAUUCUCAUAUAUUUAGUUACUGCUAGAAAUUUCUUGUCCCCUUCUUUGUAGUGUUUCUUGUGUAACCAGUAUGUCUUCUUUAGGUUGUUUGUCUAUUUAAAAUUUUGGUUUCAUAAUUUAAUUUCCAUUGUUUCUUGGACAUGUGCUUUGAGUGGCAAACCCCGAAGGGUUGGUUGGCCCUAUUUCCUGCCUUGCUGACAGUUUGAUGGUUUUCAUAUUU